AUGGCCCCAACAAACCCCGUCAUCGAGGAAGCGGCCCGGAGCAAGAUCGUGCUAGAAGGCUCUCCAGAUGCCCCGGGAUCGACGCUGGACCCUAGCAAAAACACGGCCGCCUCCAUCGAUCCCAUGCCCAAGGGCGAGAACGAGCGCACGUACACCAAGAAGGCGGGCCUGGAGCAGCCGGGCGAGUCGGCCGGUUCGGAGCAACGGCACCGGAACGUCGGUGGUAGGAAGGCGCAGGAGGAGAGGGUUCAGAGAAAUCUCAACGAGUAUGAUCAGCAGUAG